UCUGCGGGGGUCACGUGCUCAUUUAGCGCGAAAGUUUGGAGUCGCUCUCGACCGCGAGAAGUGGCGCCGGCUCGGGGCUGCUGCAGAUAGAACGUUCACCGGGAGGGAAAGUAACAACAUUCUAGUUUGGAACUCUCAGCUCGCAACGUUCCAUUCUCCAGCGACCACCCGCCCCGGCCGCGGUUAAAUUGCCCGCCCUGCACCCACAGUGCGGGGACAAAUUUUUAAGCAUAGCUGGAGUGUGUUUCUGCUGCAGUAGCAGCUCGAUUUGCGGCUGCUUCGUUUUCAGUCUGGUGCUAUGGCACAGAUCAAACUCACAGACUAUUUCCCCCAGACUAAAAAAGCGAAGAGAGACGCGCUUUCUGUGAAAUGCAGGAAGGUAGAAACUGGAAGUGGCACCAUUGCCGGGACUGGGUCGCUUGCAAAGGAACGUCGGCAAUCGCGAAGGAAAGUGUUGGCAAAGCAACCGAUCAUAACGCAAACUUGGGUUUCAAGCAGGGAAAGCUCGCCUCCUGCACCAGCCAAAGCGCCUGUCGUUCCGGAAGUCGUUAAAUCGGUGCUCUCAAACCGGCAGGAAGUUUGCGCGACUCCCAAACAGGAGGCAGAUAAGAGAGUCUCCACGUUUGAGUAUCUUGUGACUCCAUCAAAAGAUGACAAAAUACCCACCGAGUUUGGUUUGGGAUCGGCCGUUUUGGGGCCUGGUGGCGAUGGGGGAAUUGGGCAGCAGACCAGCACGGCGAAGAAACGCUAUCGCUCUGAUUCGAUCGAUGAACCUGAGCCACAGCCAGCGGUAGAGCCGGGUUCGCAGGGCCCGCAACGUGUACCAUCUGCCCGGAGGUGCCUGGUGCUACAACCACAAGAAGCAGAGAACCGGCUUCAACAAAACACCAAGGCUGAGGAAACGGUACCGCUGCCACAUGCGGAGACUUCCGAGGCCACGGUGGACGCAGCACCUGGAAAGGAGGGUCUUCUGGCUUUAAAAAGCCGGUUACAAAGAAUUCAGAAGCUUGGCCAAACAGCUAAUUUAUUUGCACCUUCUGAUUUGAGUACUGAUACCAAGAGUCGCCUGAAACGGGUUCAGGAACUAGAAUUGAAGGUACGAGAAAAUAAAGACCGAGAAAGGACAGCUGAGCAGGAGGAAAAAUCAAGUGAGGAAGAAAGGGUGAAGACACCAGCGUACCAGCGUUUCCACAAUUUGGCACAGGAUGUCCCACCGGGCUUGACCUUGCCUUUCAAAUACAAGGUGUUGGCAGAGAUGUUCCGUAGCAUGGACACUGUUGUGAGCAUGUUGUUCAAUCGCUCCGAGAUCGUUACCUUUGCCAAGGUGAAACAGGGUGUUCAAGACAUGUUGCGGAAACAGUUUGAACGGCGAAAUAUUGGACAAAUUAAGACAGUUUACCCAUCAGCGUACAAGUACCGGCAGGAGAAGGGAAUCCCAACAUGGAGUGACUCUGUGAAGAAGUCCAGCUACCAGCUCACCAUCGAUCCGGUGUUUGAAGGAGAGGAGAAUUCUGAAGGCCACCCACAACUAACAGCCACUCGCUUGCUUCUGCGCCGUCGCAUUUUCAGUCGAAACCUUACAAACAUGGUGAAGCAACACCAUAAGGUAUUUUUGGCUUCUCUUAACCCUCCGAUGUAUGUUCCUGAUAACAAGCUAACACGAUGGCACCCACGUUUUAAUGUGGAUGAAGUUCCAGACAUUGUUGCUGCUGAACUUCCCCAGCCUCCAGAUUUUGAAAAGCUAACAACUGCUCAAGAAGUACUGGAUAAAGCUCGCAGCAUGAUGACACCAAAGAUGGAGAAAGCACUUGCCAACAUGGCCCUCAAAUCUGUAGAAACUGCCAUGGCAGCUACCAUUGAACGAAAGGAGCUAAAUGUUCUGAGCCCACAUCCAAGUCCUGGUCCUUCUGAUGCACUGAAAGGGGUUUCGCAGAGUCUGCUCGACAGGAUCCGUACCAAAGAAGCUCAAAAAAUUCAGGCUGCCAUGACAAGGAAUCCUGCACAGACUGAGCGUCUUCAUAUGAUGAUGAGACUUCCUGAGAUAACAAGAAUUUUGCGCAAUGUUUUCGUGUCAGAGAAGAAACCAGCUUUGAAUAUUACAGUGGCAAGCAACAGAGUGGUUGACAGCUAUCGAUCUGCAAUGCCCUUGGGUGAUAUGGAAAAACAUCUGCGGUUACUGGCUGACAUUGUUCCUGACUGGCUGACUAUCCAUACGAUCAGGAAGGAUGUGUACCUGAAGUUGAACAAGAAUGUGGAGUUGAACAUGGUUGUGGAGAAAAUUGCAAAAAAGAUAAAGGAAGAGGAAAAAGCAUGAUUUUUUAAAAUGUUUUUAAACACAAGUUCUGCACAGAACCUGAACACCAAAUGUAAAAAUGUGAAUUGUGUAUCUGUAUAUUGGAUGAUGGGAAACAAAUGGAUACUGGAGUGAGAUAGCUUACAGAUUUUACAGAUCAAUAUUUUUCCUGGAAAGUUUUCUUGACAAUUAUUUAUAAGGCCAUAGUCUGAAGUGUUUUUUUAAAAAUUGAAUAUUAUUUGUCAAAUUAAAGGUGAGGAAAUCAUUCAGCUUGCAAUACAGUUUCAAAGAAGAAGACUAUCUUUUGUGUAAUGUUCGUGUCUUCCAGCAGCAGUAGUUUUUCUGUUUGGUUUCAAACAGUAUAUUAAAUUGUUCAAUAAUCUGCUUUGAAAAUCUGUUGGAAAUCAUUCAUAAAUGUUAAGCUGAAAAUUAGAUAUUUGUGUGAAUGGGUGUUGGGGGAAGGGAAUGAUUUUAAGGAAUGACUUGAUUAAACGUUUCACUUCUGUGACUGAUUUUUAUUUCAAAUGUAUAAACCAGUUAACAUUUUACAAAAUUGUAAAUUCUCUGCCAGCUUGAAAUAAAUAGACACAAGACUGUUAACAAA